GAACAAAAUAGAAACCGCCACAAGCCCUAGACUACAGUCCGCUGAACUGACUUCUCAAUUCAUCAGCAGUGGCCUGUUAGGGUCUCAACUCUCAAUCGAAGGUCGAAGCCAUGUCGAAAAGGGUUCUUUGCAAGUUCUUUGCACGUGGAGCAUGUCUAAAAGGAGAGCACUGUGAUUUCUUGCAUGAUUCGGAAGAUGUUCCAAAUAAUGUGUGCACAUACUACCAAAAAGGAAUUUGUGCCUUUGGCAGCAGGUGUAGAUAUGAACAUGUUAAAAUUACUCGAUCACAACCUUCACUUCCAUCUUCAUCAGCUAACAUUGUUGAGUUGAAGAGAGUUAAUGCAACUGAUCAGUCAAUUUGCUCUUCCUCUACUGCUGGUAAUUGUCCACAAGGGAAAAAAGAGGAGCAUAUGAAAACAUGUGAAACAAGGGAAAAGCAGCUUGAUUUAUUGAAGCAUAGUCAGGAGAUAGAGUGCGGUGUAUGCCUUGAGUGUGUUCUUUCUAAGACAAUUAUGGCCGAGCGGAAAUUUGGGAUACUUUCUGAGUGUGAUCAUCCAUUUUGUAUAUCGUGUAUCAGGAAUUGGCGCAGCAGUUCUCCUUCAAUUGGUAUGGAUGUCAAUUCUACUUUGAGGGCCUGUCCUAUAUGCCGAAAGCAUUCAUAUUUUGUAAUUCCAAGUGUCAUUUGGUACUCAACGAAAGAAGAAAAGCAAGAAAUCAUUAACAGCUAUAAAGCAAAACUCAGGUCUAUUGACUGCAAGAAUUUUGACUUUGGCAAUGGGACCUGCCAAUUUGGAGCUAGUUGUUUCUACAAGCACACUGUCAAGCCAGGCUCAAAGCUGUGGAAUUCUACCCUCAAGCCUGACUUACGUGGCUCAAGCUUCUCAGACGCAGAUGAAACGGAAAGCGGCUUUGAUGGAGAUAUGGAAAGCUUCAGAGCUUUGUUUGAGGACUAUAGGGAUGAUGACUUGGAAGAAUUUGCCGAAGCAAUGGCUUUUAUGCUAUGGCUGCGCGAUUCUGAUACAAGUGAUGAUGAAUGAUUGUUGGAUGUAACCUAUGUAGAUAUUGGAAUUUGGGUAAAGGUGUUCUUAAUCACUGAACAAAUUUUAAUCUGAUAUGAACCUUCUGAAUUUCGCUUUUGGUUUUGGUUAAGGUAAUGCUUAUUGACCUUGGGUCUCUUAAUUAGUUUAUUUUGCCCCAUGAUAUUUUUUUUGCUUUUAGUUUCUCAAUUGUUAGUUGCUCACUAUUAUUUUGUAAUAUAUGCUGUAAUCUUGGAUUUGGUUGAUGAGCAAGUAGUUCAAACGUUAGCAUUGAUGGACUAA